CACGAAAAAGGAAAAAAAACUGCAAAGAGCGAAGAGGAAUUUGAAGAAGGCGCGACGAGGAAGGAGGUGGCAUUCUACGUAAUUAGGUUGAAAUCGGCGCCUGAUUAGAUCAAGGAAUUAGGGUUUUCGAGAUUUUGGAGGGGACUUGCAAUGAGCGACGCGUACUGUUCGGAUUGUAAGAGGCAGACGGAGGUGGUGUUCGACCACUCCGCCGGCGACACCGUGUGCUCGGAGUGUGGGCUUGUGCUUGAAUCGCACGCUAUCGAUGAGACCUCGGAGUGGAGAACUUUCGCGAACGAGUCCGGAGACAACGACCCAGUUCGUGUCGGUGGACCGACCAACCCUCUUCUCGCCGACGGCGGACUCACUACCGUCAUCUCCAAGCCCAAUGGCUCCUCCGGCGAUUUCCUUUCCUCUUCUCUUGGUCGGUAUCAGAACCGUGGCUCCAACCCUGAUCGCGGUCUCAUUGUCGCCUUCAAGACCAUCGCCACCAUGGCUGACAGGUUGGGCCUUGUUGCGACCAUCAAGGAUCGGGCAAAUGAGAUAUAUAAGAGGGUGGAGGAUCAAAAGUCUAGCAGAGGAAGAAAUCAGGACGCUCUUUUGGCUGCCUGUCUGUAUAUUGCUUGUCGGCAAGAGGACAAGCCACGGACUGUGAAGGAAAUCUGUUCUGUUGCUAAUGGAGCCUCGAAGAAGGAAAUCGGCCGGGCAAAAGAGUACAUAGUCAAAACAUUGGGUUUGGAAACGGGCCAGUCCGUGGAAAUGGGGACUAUACAUGCUGGGGACUUUAUGAGGCGGUUUUGCUCCAAUCUUGGCAUGACCAACCAAACCAUGAAAGCGGCCCAGGAAUCUGUGCAGAAGUCAGAAGAGUUCGAUAUAAGGAGGAGCCCUAUAUCAAUUGCAGCUGCUGUCAUUUACAUCAUCACACAGCUCUCAGAUGACAAGAAGCCUCUUCGAGAUAUAUCAGUGGCGACGGGAGUUGCUGAAGGAACUAUAAGGAAUUCGUACAAGGAUUUGUACCCUCACCUUCCCAAGAUAAUACCCGCCUGGUACGCCAAAGAGGAAGAUCUCAAGAAUUUGCAGAGUCCUUGAGUGUUUUCUCUCUUCUUUUUCGGUGUUAGUUUGAGCUUUGAACUUGAAUUUGUCCGCCGUCAUUGGAGUGACCAUGUUAUUCAUGUGUCGAGAAGUGAUUUCGGCCGAUGGAUGGAACUUUCUUUGUAAAUUUAAAUCGUUUACACGGUGCCAAAAACUUGUCUGAUGCCAAAAACUUGUUGAGAUGGUAUUGAUCCUCCAGUUGUCGCCAAGGUUCA